AGGACCCUGGCGGAGAUGGAGCAGUCGGCCGCCGAAGUGCAACGAGCCGCGGCGCAGCUCUCGUUGUGCAAGGUGGAUUGGCUGCGGUGCUACGAGUCCGCCUUGCGCAAUGCUCGCGAUGAUGCAGAGGUGGAGGCUGUGAAAGCAGCGGCCGUGGCACAAUCUACACAGAUGGAUUGGACGAUUGUCGCAUCCUCCCAGUGUGCCAUGUCCGGACCCACGCAUGGCACAGCACAAGGGGCACAUGGUAUGCUUGGCACUGCUCGGAGCGGUGUGCAUGAGGGGCAUGGCAUGGCAGAUGGUGCACUUCAUGACGCGGUCAGGACCGUUUCACCUGCCUCACAUGGGGAGGUCGGCGAUGCGCAUGGCCAUGGCGCAUCAGGUGACUUCGCCACCGCCAAGCACCACUUGGAGCAUCGGUGGAUGGAGAAGACGGCCUUUGGCGCCGCCGAGCGCGUGGUGGAACGCAUGACCGAGAGGGUGGGCGAACGCCUCGCCGAGCGUGUGGGGGAGCGGAUGACGGAGCGCGUGGGGGAGCGCUUGGUGGAAGGCGUCGGCGAACGCUUGGCUGAAAGGAGUGCUGAACGCUUGGUGGAGAGGGGCAUGGAGAGGGGUGCAGAGAUCGCCUUGCAGCGGGCGGGCCAGGGAGCAGCAAGACACAUUGUUGGGCGUGCCAUCGGCGAGUCCUUGAGGAUGACGGAGCAUGCGACCAUGCAGGCGUUGAAGGCCUUGAGAGUUUUAGUACCCUUCGUUGGAAUGCUUUUCGUGAUCCACCUGGCUGAGCAUGACUGGCACAGGUUCAUGGAGGAGUGGAAAGCACGGAGAUCCGUGAGCUGCAGCCUUUUCGCAUUGGCACUUCUGGGAGAUGCCAUGGAUACCUUGGCACAUGUCUGUGUGAUUUCGGCUGGGUUGGUGCACAUCGACCAUGACUUCUUGCACAGUACUGAGAAUUAUGGCAUGGGCUUCGCGGUGAUGGCCUGCUGCUCCGUGGUCGCUGGUGAGAUCUCCUCCGCCAAAGCGCAACGGCGGGAGCUGAAGCGGAACAGGUCCAAAGGAACCACUGUGGUGCCUAUCACGGGCAGUCCUUGAACCGCGAGGUGCGUCAGAGGCUCCUGAGACGAUGAGUUUAUACUACGCCCCUGGACAUGACAUGAUGGCAUGUCUGGAGAACAACGUCAACUGCGGCACAGCGAGGCCACGCGCGCUCGGCACAGCAUGCCAUGGCUCAGAGGCACCGGCACUGUUGGGCUCAAAAGCAGUCCAAGCGGAUGUCCUUCAGCAGAGAUCGAGGAAGAUGGAUUUCCAACAAGUCGGUUUUCUGUGUGCGUUCGUGUAUUCCCGCAGAAGUUUGCGCUCGCACACGCACACUUGCAAACCAUCACGAACCUGG